GCCCCAACUUUGGACGGUGUCCCGGGACGCAGUCGGGGUCAGCUUCGGGCUCAGGAUGCAGAGGAGUUAGGCAAACAACAGAGGCCACCAAGCAAGUGUCCUGGGGUCGUCCUCUGCUCCCAGGUGGGCGCAGGCCGGACCUUGGGGACCCAAAGAGCCACUGCGGGUCGGGGUCCUGGAGUUGGCGGCCUGUUGUGCAAACCUCGGCCCUUGUUUUCCCGGCCCAGCUCGUUGGGAGGCCAGACACAUCCACCCUUGGAAUUGAUUCAGGAGGGUGCUGCUUUUCUUCUUUCUCCUCUUGGAUUUUCUGGAUUUUUGAAAACCCAGUGGCCCCGGAGGAGGAGGAGAAGGAAGGAGGAAGGGCCGAUCUGCAGAGGAAUGCCAGAGCCUCCCAGAGCCUCCCAGAGCCGGAGCAGCCAGCAGGAGCUGGGAGCCAGCGGGAAGAAGGGCCCUGCCUGCGUUUCUGGGAAGGCGGUUUGUUCCGAGGAAGCCUGUUUUGCCUUAGAACAUUGUUCCGGUGGAAAGUGCUGAAUUCUUGCCCUUGAAGAGCUGGUUUCUCCGGGUCACUUGGCUUUUCCAUUGGGAGUGGGAGGAGGGAGAGACUCCCCUUUCCCAGGGGCUGCAGAGAAAGAGAGGAAGACUAUGGACAGAGCCCUACCUUCCCUGCCUACAAGUAAUGCCGGGAGACCUGGCGGGGCAGUUCCUAGGCCAUGGACACUGCUCUGAAGAAGGGGAGGCUGGACAGAGUCUGUGGAUGCUGAGACCCUGCCACAGGGACCCCUGAAACGGCACCGUGUGACAAGCAUUGAGCUGCCAGUGCAUUUUUGGUCACCUUGGUCUAGGACACGACCCUCUCCUUCCCAUCUUUAUCCACCAGCAGCACCACCAUGGCGCUGAAAGGCCGAGCCCUGUAUGACUUUCACAGUGAGACUGAGGGGGAGAUCAGCAUCCGGCAGGAUGAGGACCUGGUAGUCUUCAGUGAGAUGUCGCUGGAUGGCUGGCUUCAGGGGCAGAACAGCUGUGGGGAGAUGGGGCUCUUCCCUGCCUCCUAUGUAGAGAUCAUCCGUCCUGGUGCCAGUGCCAACCACAAUGACUACCCCGGCAGCCCUGCAGGCUCUCUGGGAGCCCAGGUGAGCGCCUAUGACAGCUCUAGCCCAGCCAGGAGCAGUGGGGGCGGUGGCUUCCUCUCAAACCCGGGCAGCUUUGAGGAUGAUGACGAUGAUGACUGGGAUGACUGGGAUGAUGGGUGUACGGUGGUGGACGAGCCUCGGGCUGCUGGGCUGGGUACCAAUGGGCACCCCCCACUCAACCUUUCCUAUCCGGGUGCCUACCCCAGCCAGCACAUGGCUUUCCGGCCCAAGCCACCCCUGGAGCGGCAAGACAGCCUGGCAUCUGCCAAGCGGGGCAGCAUGGUGGGGCGCAACCUUAACCGCUUCUCCUGCUUUGUGCGCUCUGGUGUGGAAGCCUUCAUCCUUGGAGACGUGCCUAUGAUGGCCAAGAUCGCUGAGACUUACUCCAUCGAAAUGGGGCCCCGAGGCCCCCAGUGGAAGGCCAACCCCCACCCAUUUGCCUGCUCCGUGGAGGACCCCACCAAACAGACCAAGUUCAAAGGCAUCAAAAGCUACAUCUCCUAUAAACUCACUCCCACCCACUCAGGCUCACCUGUCUACCGGCGCUACAAACACUUUGACUGGCUCUACAACCGCCUGCUGCACAAGUUCACGGUCAUCUCGGUCCCCCACCUGCCUGAGAAGCAGGCCACUGGCCGCUUCGAGGAGGACUUCAUCGAGAAGCGCAAGCGGCGACUCAUCCUCUGGAUGGACCACAUGACCAGCCACCCGGUACUCUCGCAGUACGAGGGCUUCCAGCAUUUCCUCAGCUGCCUGGACGACAAGCAGUGGAAGAUGGGUAAGCGCCGUGCAGAGAAGGAUGAGAUGGUGGGUGCCAGCUUCCUGCUCACCUUACAGAUCCCCACGGAGCACCAGGACCUGCAGGAUGUAGAGGACCGUGUGGAUACCUUCAAGGCCUUCAGCAAGAAGAUGGACGACAGCGUCCUGCAGCUCAGCACCGUAGCAUCAGAGCUUGUGCGCAAGCACGUGGGUGGCUUCCGCAAGGACUUCCAGAAGCUGGGUAGUGCUUUCCAGGCCAUCAGCCAGGCCUUCCAGAUGGAUCCCCCUUUCAGCUCCGAGGCCCUCAACAGUGCCAUCUCACACACGGGCCGGACCUAUGAGACCGUGGGUGAGAUGUUCGCUGAGCAGCCCAAGAACGACCUCUUCCACAUGCUCGACACGCUGUCCCUCUACCAGGGCCUGCUCUCCAACUUCCCUGACAUCAUCCACCUGCAGAAAGGCGCCUUCGCCAAGGUGAAGGAGAGCCAGCGCAUGAGCGACGAGGGCCGGAUGGUGCAGGAUGAGGCGGACGGCAUCCGCAGGCGCUGCCGUGUGGUGGGCUUUGCCCUGCAGGCCGAGAUGAGCCACUUCCACCAGCGCCGCGAGCUCGACUUCCAGCACAUGAUGCAGAGCUACCUGCGCCAGCAGAUCCUCUUCUACCAGCGCGUGGCCCAGCAGUUGGAGAAGGCCCUGCGCAUGUACGACCACCUCUGACCACAUGGCCCCUCCAAGGCCUGGUCCCCGUGGGGCUGGAGUUUGGGUGGUGGGCAAGGUGGGCAAGAAAAGGGACUUUGGAGGCAUCCCAGCCAACCUACUUUAGAGACAGCAGAGCAGGGCCAGGCCACCCUCGCCACCCCUGUUCACUCAGUGUCACUGUGGUUCUGGGCCAGUUGCUCAGCACCCAUGCCGUUGCCUGACCCAGGGGAGUCCCCAUCCAUGGCAAGGGUCAGACACAAAAUCAGGCAAAGGUAAUACAAUGUGACCAGUGGCUGAGUAUGGGGUUCCUGUAAGCUCCCAGAUGGGUCCAUGGACCCUGCCGGCCAGAAUAGGCAACAUUCCCGUAGAAUGUCUUGAUGAGUGACAAGGACCUGCCAGGCAGCAAAAGGAAAGAAGGAUUUUCAGGAAGAGGAUUCAUGUGGGGGUCUUCUCUCACUUACCUUUCUCAAGCACAUUUGGUAUCCUUUCCAUGGGGACUCUGGCCUGGUGGCAGAGGGAAGGGAUGGUCCUUGCUCCCUGUCCUGGAUUUCCCUGCCCCACCCUGUGCCCUGCAGAAGGAGCUGCAGGUCAACUCCUUCCUGCAGGCCACUACCUCCCUUGCCCUCCCCUGCAGUGCCCCCACAUUCUCUUGCUUGGGGGCCAAUCAGCAUCCUUCCUCCUGGGUUUGGGGCGCAAGACAAGCCACAGACCAUGGGCCCUGGUGGUACUUUCCUGGAGGGGACACCCUGAAGUUAUGGGAUAGUUGAGUUCCCCAGCAGUAACUGCCUUGCUCCAAGCCAGCCCUGACCCCAGUUCCCAGGGUCCUUGGCUGUGGAGGUGUCAUCUUCCAGAAUCCUUCCUGUCAGGCAUGUGGGAGCCCAGGGGAGAGCCAGGGAUUCCAGUUCCCAGCCCUUGGAAGCUCCAUGGCUGAGCAGCAGCUGGGAGGACAGUGACCUUGUCCCCUCUUCCCCCCAGGAGGUCUUGGUUUGCUCCUAGUUGCUGCCGCUUGAGUCCUUUCUCUUUUUUUUCCUCCAUAAACCUUCUACUGUUAAGAUGACAAGAGCACAGCCCCUUCUGUGUGGAUCCUGGGAAGGCUAGGGUGGGGAAGGCUGGAGGCUGAAUUGCCCCUGGGAGCUACUAGAUGAGAUUUGGCAGUCAUUGUGGGUUGUUUUGACCACAGACCUUCAACAGGUAGGAGGUGAGGAACUAGUGGAAGGAGCUAGAGGUGGCCCAGACCCUGCACCCAGACCUCUCUGUCCUAGCUGUAAGAUGGAUUCAGUCCAUGUAGGGUUUGGCUGCUCCCUGUGCCUGGAGGGUUGUGGGAGGGAGACAUGGGGAGGCCACGCCUAGGACACUCCUGGGUGCUUUCUGUACCCCUAGAGCCAUAUCCAGGCCUUGUCCUUGGAAAGCCCCAGUCCAGGGAGGGUUGGGGAUGCCCAGAAACCAUGUCCCUCCGCCAUCAUCCUUACUCUGUGGUGGCUCCCCAUGCUGGAAACUGAGGAGGCACUACAGCUGGACCCUUGGGGGUUUGUGGUCCAGGUGACUAGGAGCUGAGCCUCUGCACUGCAGAGGUGAGCAGAGUGGACGGUUGUCUUCCAGUGGCCAUGGGGAUGGAGAUGGGCUGGGCACCUCAGCGUCAGGGCUGCCAAGGAGGCCUUGCCAGGCCAGGGCUGGGCAGCAAGAGAUGGGCACAGGUCCUGCUGUUCAAGGCAGAGUGUCCUCACAGGAACUUCUGGAAUGGGUCCCCUGGCCCUGGGUCAACAUUAGGUCAGAUUUGGGACUUUUUGAGGAAUUUUCCCCUCCCUGUCCUCCUUCCUUCAUUUUUUGGCUCAUCUGAGGAGCUAACUUUCUCCCUAACUGCUCAGCUGUGUCAUCUGCAGAGUGCCACUGAGUGUGGCAGGGACAGGGUCUCUUUCCCGAGGCAGCCUGGAAGGCCCCAUUAAUGUCACCUGCCCUGGAGAGCUGUCACCCUCUCGUGUCCUUUCACGGAGAGGGGCCACCUGUGCCCACCAUCCUCAAGGUCAGUGGUUGGGAAGGGCUUGAGCCUUGGAGAAGAAACAGGAAGUGGAGGCUUGGGAUGGGUCAGGCAUCCUGAGGUCUCUGGGUGGGGAAAGGUGUGUGGGGUGUGGAGUGGGGCAUCAUGGCCCUUCUCUCUGUCUGAGUGUUUUGGGGUGUUGUGGAAUCGGGUUGUCCUGGGCUGGCCAGAGUCCCUCUCAGCGGGAGACUGGGGGGCCAGUAGUGGAGGAGGGAACACACUGGUAGUAGCAGGGCUUGCUGGCCUUAGUCACAUGCCAGCAGAUGUUCCAGGCUGAGCUGGGCCCAGCUGCCUGUGGUUUCUUCCUUAGCUUUGCUCUGAGUAGGGUAGAAGACAGGCCUUCUUUUUCUGUCCUUGGUGGCUACCGGGACCUGGGUGAGGAUGAGGGGCUCCUGAUCCCCAGGCUGGCCAAGGAAAUGGAGUGUGCUGUGUGGCCUCAUGUGGGGUGAGGAUGAAGUAGACCUUGGCUUCUGUGUACCAUCGCUCUGGACAUAGGAGAGCUGGGAACCCUGUGAAGCUGUGGCACCAGCUGGAGCAGAGCCAGGCCCAGGAGACCCCGAUGUUCCUGGCAUCACUGUGACAGAGCCGCGUGAUCAUCCGCACAUCCAUGCAGAGACAUAGUUCAAAGCCACAGAACCACAUACAAUCCUGCUGUUUGCCCAGCAGCCACAGCUGGCCCUGCACACACUCACACAACCAUGUGCUCACAAGUUGCACCCAGUCAUGCUGCCAUACAGGCAUAGCUGCGGCCACAUAUGUGCCACUGUCAGUCGGUGUCUGGCUCAACCACUUUGCCAUGCGUAUGGCCCCAGCCUUACACAGUGUUGCAGCUCAGCCAUACAUCAAGGCAGGUGUGCAUACAGUAAAGGUGUCACAGAAGCAUGGCUGCCCCUGGGCUGCACCUGUCACCUCCCAGGUCCCUAGUCCAGCUCACCAGAGAUUCCACUGGACUCUGAGGGACAAGCAGCCCCUGCGGGAGGUGUCUCCAAGGGGAGGACAGGAAGCCACAAUAGCCCUGGGUCACACUCCCUAAGAGGCCUGGUGUGUUGUCAGAUGAAUGGGCAGUGCCAAGUCCAACUCCUCACCACACAGCCAGUGCCUCCAAGGCGUAGUGAUCGUGGGGCCCACCACCUCACCCCACAGGUGGGUGACACCUCAGGGCCAGAUCCAGCUCCCAGCAGGCUCUGUGGCUUGGCCUUGCCUGCCCUGGGCUCAUCCCCAAGGCUAGGCUGCUGGGAGGCCCCUGGCUACAUCUACCCAACAGAGCUCCAGGCUUUGACAUCUCUCCAGCCCUAGUUGAACUGUGCUGUAUCUGCAAGGCAGGAACAGGACGUGGUGGGCAGGCCCAGGCUGGGUGGGAGGGACAUUCCUGUGUCCUGUCCUCCCAAGCAUGUGAGGAUCAGGCCUGCCCCGCCUGCCUGCCUGCUGAGUCAGGCCUUCGGGAGCUAGCCUGCACACCCCCACCCAUUUCUGUCUGCGCCCCACGAGGCUGCCCAGUGCCUCUCACGUGUCAGGAGACUGUGAGUGCUGAGUGCUGGCAGGAAAACCCUGGGGACAAGGGGAAAUUCACCUCCCCCAGUGGAGCUUAAGGGCUGAUUGGGAAACCCAGCCCCCCGCAGUGAGCACAACGCUUUUUCUUUUGGUUUGAUUCAGUUAGCUAACUUCAGCCCAGUCCAGUCUGUUUAAAAAAAGCAGUUCCUUUCAGAGCUGUGGCUUCCUUGGUUUGCAUGCGAGCCCAGGUGACAUCUCAUCCAUUUCUUUUUUAUUCUUUUUUAUUCUUUUUUUUUUGAUACUGAGGAUUGAACUCAGGACCUUGCUCUUGUGAGGCAGGCAGUGGCACCACUGAGCUAAGUCCCUGGCACAAUUCCAUUUCACAGACAAAAAGACUGAGGCUUGGCCAGGGAGGAUGGGAAUCACUUAGGGUCCCACAGCAAGGCCAGGAAGGGCUGCACUGGAACCCAGUUCUCUGGCUUCAUCCCAGAGUUUGAGCUGCUGAAUUCGUUUAGGUCCAAGGAAAGAGGGGGUGGCAGAUCUCUGCUUCAGAGGGGAAAGAAUGGCAGGCUGGUGGGACAACUGCUGAAAGGUGAGGGGGCUUGAAGUGCCUGAGGAUGGGUGAGUCUGACAGCCCCCCAGGGACGAAGUCGGGAGGCAGCUCAGCCUGUGAGUCCAGCUGUUUGCAAAAGAACACGUGUGAGGAGCCUAACUUCAUUUUCCCCGUCCUCCCUGGAUUUCUCUUCAUUCAUCCACAAGGAAGAAAAGUCAUCGCUAAUGAUUCGGGAGCCCUGCCUUCAGGCUUCCAUAUGAGUUUUGGUGAUAGCACAUUUGAAGACCUUGGGCAAGACCCCAGCACUUUCAUUCAUUGAUUCAUUCGAAGACACUAGGUAGCCGAGGCCAGCAUGGCACUUACUGUGUAACCCAGACUGGCCUUGAACGCUCCAUCUUCUUGCCUCAGCCUCCCGAGAGCUGGGUUUACAGGUGUGCACACCACACUGGGAGAGGUUUACACACUGAAGCCCACAUAUUCAAAUGUAACUGUACACUACAUUAAAGAGUUUGGUUUACUACUUG